CUUGUCUUUCCUCGCCCUCCACAUCCAUCCAUCAUCGAUCUAGCCUGCCCCGAUUUGGGAGCCAUGCAAACUUCCCGGCACCAUGCCCUUUCCCUUGCGCCCAGGAAAAGUCGGGACGAAGAUUGUCCUUGGUUGGGUUGGGGGCUGGCCAGCGCACGGCCCCACCACAGCCCCGCGUCACGCGUUUUUCAGCUCUGGUCCAGGGCGAUGGAAGGCGCGCCCUCGAGAUAACGACACACAUGGCGAGGGGUUAAACAGCACCCGUGCCAAAAGAAGCCAGAUGGCGCAUCUGCAUCAUUCCAGAUCCGCGAGCUCGUCGCCGCCGGGCGGACGCGACCCGCCGUCGGACACAACACCCUUGGAGCCACCCUACUAUGAAGUGGAACGCAAUCCACAUCACCAACGGGGCCUCGCUGGCGCAAAGCUUCUGUCUCGCCGGGCGGCCCUAUCCGCCAGAGACGCCGCGGACGAAGCCCAUCCCUUGGCUGGGCCUUUGCUGGCUGCAGAGUCGCUGGUGCACCGUCCCAAGAGCCGUCACGUGCCUGGUGUCGCGCAAAUGCCUGGCUCUUUCAACCUCGACCUUUCUGCCGAUGACCCGAUAUGGGCAGAGCUUGGCGUUCCCUGCCCCGGGUCAGAAGAUUCAUCAGACACUACCAUGGACGGCGACACGCCGCUAGACCCCUCGGGAUCGAUCGUCACCCUGCUAAAGGAAGUGAUCACUACCGCUGAUGAGCUGGCACAGCUGGCGAUUUCGCACCUCGAUGACAUCCAUAAUGAUGACCCAGACCCAACAUACCAGAAGACCCCCCGCUAUAUAAUGCAAAACGGAGUGAGGCUUUAUAUAACGCACGACGGGGUGACUCUCAACCGCGAACAGUCCAGGCUAGUUGAACUAGUGCUUGGCGGCCGAAAUGUCUUCUACACAGGGCCAGCGGGCUGCGGCAAGUCAGCUGUGCUAAAGACCUUUGUCGGAGAACUAGAAAUAAGACACAAAAUUGUCGAUAUCGUCGCCCCAACAGGUAUCGCUGCUCUGAAUGUGGGGGGGACCACGACGUGGAGCUACAUGGGUUGGAAACCUGACGACGACCGGAAACCACUCGACGAGCUAAAAGAAAUAACUGGAAGCGACAAUUACGCGAGGGAGCGGCUGCAGGGGACAGAGGUCUUAGUGAUAGACGAGAUCAGCAUGUUGGACAGCAACUUCUUCUAUCGCAUGAGCGAGGUUAUGAAGUCCGUACGCGAGUCCAGCGACCCAUUUGGCGGUGUGCAGGUAGUUGUCACUGGCGACUUCCUUCAGCUCCCCCCAGUUAAGCCAUUCAAGUACUGCAUGGAGUGCGGAAGGGACCUCCUAUGGCACAAGAAGCACGACGUGCUCACCUGCCCCAACGACUCGGACGACUCGGACGACAGCUCUCCGCCAUCAAACCAACCGCGCUGCCCGAAUCCUCGCGCCUACUCCCGGGCUGAUAAAUGGGCCUUUCGGAGCACCACAUGGGCGGAGUGCGAUUUCUCCUGCGUGCAAUUGAAGAAUGUGCACCGCCAGAGCGACCCCGGAUUUCUCAGUCUUCUUGCGAAAUGCAGGCUAGGGAGCCCUAUGAGCCAGGAAGAGGUGGAACUUUUGAAACGUAAUACCAGCUGCGCCGAGAACGCCGUGAAGCUCUCCUGCACAAACAAGGAGGUGGACGCCAUCAACAAGCGCGAGUACGACCGCCUAGACACAGAGCAGUUCAUGUACAGAUGUGUUGACGAUAUCGUCGGCCUCAACCCAAAAUCUCGGCGCCAUCAGCGCCUCCUCCAUCUGGAAAGGAAGGAAGUGAAGGCGGAGGACCUAGAACACGAAACUUUGUACGAGUUCCGGGAGCACAGAUAUGACAAAAAGCUCUUCCUAAGGGAAGGAAUGCGCGUCUGUCUCCUCGCCAACCUCGACAUCGAUGCGGGUCUGGUCAACGGCAGCCAAGGCGUCAUCUGCGGCUUCGAAAUAAUCACAGGCGAGAACACGGGAGCCAAGCGGCGCGAAUCCAAGAUCGACCGCUUUAUCGAAGGGCUGGAGAAGGAAUGGUGGCCCGUGGUCGAGUUCGAGAACAAGAUCAAGGGCGAGCCGAAGCUCAGGCGGACAAUCGUCGCGGACCGCACCAUCAUCGAGAGGGGCCCCCACAGCCGCCCAAGCGAGGUGCUCCUCAGCCGCACGCAGAUCCCUCUGAUGCCGGCGUGGGCCAUGACGGUUCACAAGGCCCAGGGCAUGACACUGGAAAACGUAAUCGUCAACAUGGAUAGGGUUUUCGAAGAGGGCCAGCUGUAUGUUGCGCUGUCCCGGGCCAGGUCGCUGGGGGGGCUCGUGGUCGAGGGCAACUCCGAAGCCCUGAGCACGGGGGCUUUCGCCAACAAGCAGGCGAGACAAUUUUACGAAAGGGAGUUUGGCAUUGGGAGUGGAGAGUGACGGCGCAUGCCUAAGCAUAUGUUCUUUCCUCCCGCCAUGCUGCGGUUCGGUCAUAUGUUGGAUGGGAUGGAAGAUUGACAGGACAUGUUUGUUGGAAACGGCGUUGUACAGGAUAUCAGUAUUAUGUUGUGAUGGUAGAUUAAGGCCGAUUAGUAGGGUGUUCCAGGGACUGUUAGGCUAGAGAUAUUCGCAACGGAAAGACAGAAUCUCAGCUCCACCUGGCGAACAGGUCCCGCCACAUCUCCUUAAACCCGUAGUGCGGCGACUUGGAGUCGUAGACCUUGGCCUUGCUCUCCCACUCCUCCCCGCCGAGCCUGGCCAGGACGCCCCUCUGGGAACCGCCCGAGCCGCCGUCCAGGAGCGGCCUUUGCAGGUGCCUCGCGCGCUCCCUG